CAGUCGGCGUCACUAAGCCCGGAGCAGCUAAAAGGUAAGGUGUUGUUUUGAACUGUUGUUAAAACAGUCAACUGUCCCUAUAGAGAUGGUCACCGCUGGGACAACACUCAGAGUUAAUUUAAGAUAGGUGUCUGCCUUACAGUGGGUUAGCCCUUAAAGACCCUUAACCCCUGAUAUCCACACACUAAUUCUCUAAGCAGAUUUCCAUAAAUUUCCUUGAAGAAUUAUUGGGGAGAAUUUGAUCGAAGAUCAAAGCAUUCUUAUGGCCUUUUCAAUUAUGCCAGCAUUGAUAUUAUUAGGAUAAAAUUGAUGCUGAUCACUACAAGGACUUAAAGGGUUACGGGAAAUGACCAAUUCUAGGUGUCCAUUUCAGGGAGGGUGUCUAUUAAGAAACUGUACUGUGUUAUAGCUGUGGUCCUAAUAACCAUGGCUACUUAUUAAUAGUUAUGAGGGGGGCAUACGAGAAACCACCCACCCGGAAAGCCUAUUGAGGGUCAGUUCUCAGCCCAUAAAUUUGAUACAUCAGUGUGUGCAUUUUUAGACAAAAAUCAGAAACAAUUGAACAUUGUACUUUACUAUCCAAAUGAGACACCACCUAUUUGCUUAUCAGAGAAGGGGUUACAUGAAGACACAGCCAGAUAAAGUAGUGGGUCUAUUCUCAGCAGAAUAAUUUUGACCACUUUCUUACUGUGACUGUUACCUGGGGGCAGAGUACCAAAAAAAUAUUCGUUCAAGGGAAAAUUAAUGACAAAAAAUUCAUACAUGCUGAGUAGCCCUAAAAACUUCUUUUUGCACUGGCAUUAAAGAAAAUUAAUGCAAAGGGAAAUGUUUACUGAAAAAUUUCAUGUGGCUUGGAAAUUCCCUAGCCCCCCCUCCCAUCCCUUUCAACUCUUCUAAAGGCCUGUCCUGGAGGCAAGCAUUAGAUUAAGGUUUCACAAAUUUGCUUGAUUACCAGUAAUAACAUUUAUUUUUGUUUUUACUGUUGUCUUAGCUAUGACAUUAUUUUUCUGGUCAAGUAUUAUAAUGGGUACAAAUUAUAAUCCUUUACUUAUGAUAAUUAUCACUAUCAUUACUUGCAAAUUUCAAUUCAUUUCAUUUUUUUUUUCACUUCAGAAUUCAGGGAUGCAUUUAAAAUCUUUGAUGUGGACAACAGUCAAACCAUCACAACUGAUGAGUUGUUGCUCGUCAUGAAGAACCUGGGAAUGAUGGCCACAAAGGAGGAGGUGAAAGAAAUGCUCUCAGAGGUCGAUGAGGAUGGUAUGCAUUUUAAAUUUUCUGCAGGGGUUGAUAACAUUUGAAAAUGUUUAACCAGUGCAGAGUGCAGUAUGAAGGGGGGGGGGCGGUGGGGGGAGAGGUAGAAAAGGCAGGCCAUAUUUAAAGAGAAUAGCCUGUCAUGUAGGAGCUAAAAAUGGGGACGGAAGGGGAAGACAACAGCUAAAGAGAAAAGGGAAUCCCUUUUCUCUCCACUUUUAACAACUGCCAUGCAGGCUAAAAGAGAAAGGUAGCUUCAGCAUGCGACACUCAGAUAGAAAACUUUUGGUGUACAGUCAUAGCUGCCGGGUGUAUGCAAGUGUUAUUGUUAUGAUUAUGGAAAAUUGGUAAGAAAACCAACAAUAAUAACCAGCACAUCACAGGGAUACUGGGUUGGAGGGAAAUGUAAGAAAUUUUUGGGAGAAGAUGUGCCACUGAGACCCCUAAACCCUUAGCCUAUACCAGACCGUGUUCAAGUGAAUUUUGCUCCCCUUACUGGACUAAUCUCCCUCUCUAUAAACCUAGAGUCACCAUUUUAAAAAAACUGCUUGAGUUGCAGUUGAAUUAAUUCCGGUUCUGGACCCAAACUCUCAGAUUUUUAUACCCCAUCCCGGACUAAAGUGCUUGAAAACCAUGCCCUUCACAGUGGCACAUACAUAUAUAGCCUACAUGGCACCCCCCAAGUAUACUUGGUCCUGGACGUACUAGCUCUUUUAGUUUUUUUUUUUUUUUUUUUUUUGGGGGGGGGGGCAUUUUUUGUUUUAACUUGACGACACUUACUUUGAUUGCGUUCAGGAAGUGGAGAAAUCGACUUUGAGGAGUUUGCUGAACUUAUGGUCAAACAGAUGAAGCAGGGCAGUGAGCAGGAAGUGAGGGAGGCAUUCAAGGCCUAUGACACUGACAACAAGGGAUACUUCACAAAAGAUGAGCUUCUCAAACUCCUCAACGUCGUAUCACAACAAAGCAAGGACAUCAAAAUCUCCAAAGCUGAAAUUGAGGAAUUAGUCAACUUUCUGUCCCGCAAUGGGCGAGUUGACUUUGACAGUAAGUGAAAUAUUGUAGUGCAGUUUAGUAAAGUAGGACAGUUAAAUGAUGCCACGUGGGAAAUCUUUCGCAAGGCGGUUUAACUUGGUAAGGGACAAGCGAUACAUUGGCAUGGAGCUGGCGUUAAACGACACAAAUAUCACUAAAACUACUACCAGAAAGGUAUCAACGCCAACGUAAUAGAAAAAUCGGACAUGGACACGACUUUCUCUCUUGAUACAUGGAGACAGGUCCGUUCGGCUCUCCUCCCCCAACCCGCCAUACCACCCCCACCUAAAAGGACCUCUUGUAUAAAACGUGUUUGCAAUGGCGACUCACGAAAACUUGCAUCGCUCACAGUAGAUAUUGUUAAGACGUAAAAAUGCCACACCAUUUUUGCUAACGACAUUUUUUUGCUAACUUUUGCAGAGUUUGUCAAAGAGCUUAUGAAGUAACCUGGUGAAGACCGUGGGAGAAACUGCGAAGAAAUACUACUCAGGAUGGCAUUUCUUGUAUUUGUUGAAAAAAAUUAUUUUAUUUUAUGGCUGACAGCACAGUCUAGGAAAGUGCCCGAUUUUUCCAUCUCAACGGGUGAAAAAACCUGAUGCUUUCAAAGGCUCGUGAUGAAGGCUCGUGAUUGAAAAGUAUUUCGUAGAGGGUUUUUCAUGUGCGAAUAAACUAUUGUGUUCUUUGUAGUUGAUUUUGCUUCGCUCUGUUUCUUUUUUUCAAAUCUAAUUUGUUGUUUGUACAUGUCUCAAGAUCUUGGUGAAAAAAGAGGGGCUACUGCCUACUGCCUGCUACUCAGUCACCAUUUUUUAGUAAAGAUACUACUGGGGAAAAAAGAAUAAUGAGCAAAAAUACAAUAUCUACACAAGAGACGUUUAUCCAUUGGUUCUUGAAAGAUAAGCCCCCUGCAUUCCGUGGAAAUUUCCAAGUGAAAGGGCUUUGAGGAUGGCCUGAAAACUGUCUUUUUAUUUGGUGUUGCUCUUUCUAGCACUGCACCGGUAUCGGGGAGAUACUGACGCCCGUGAUUCUGUACUUAAGUCCCGGCUCCCUGGCCCUGUAACCAGAGGAUCUUAAUGGGGCCGGGUUUCUUUUCGUCACUGAUUGACAAACCUCAUUUCAAGUGAUAAACUUUGUUAUUCAACUUACUAGUAGUUUAGAGCCAAUGGCCCCGCCCACGCGAAUCCGGGCAGGCUGAGACCGCAUUCGAAAAUAGCCGGUUUCAAUCGUCAACACGAAUUUGCAAAUCUCGGCUCUCGUUCAGCGGAUUCACUGGUUUUUGUGUGGAUGGUAGGCCGAUUUGUCUAAGAAACAAAAAAACAAAAAGAAAACAAAUAUUCUGAUGGGGGCCUAUAUUAAUUCUUGUAAUUUUACACGUACUUGAAUUGCAAAUGCUUUAUAUUUGCUGGGUUAAUGAAAGAAUUAAUCUUCGUGUCCAUUGUAAGGCCUAUUGUGUUCGAGCGAAAACGAACAAUAACUGACGUCACUCCGGAAAAUUUAUGGCCAGGAAGGAUUACAAUAUCCACUCAAUACCAACUAAAGAGGUUUAUUACACCGAGUUAUCUACUCUCGACUCGUUUUGUAAUAUAAAACGUAACUGCAACAAAACAGGUCGCUGGAGGACAACCAUGGGAAGUGUCCGAAGAUUCAGCAACGGAAGAAAGAUUAGCGAUGGGGUAGGCAAACUCAGUCAGGGAACCUCACUGAAACUUGCUAAACAAUGGUAGAUUACUAAUUAUUAUGGCAAGUUUCUGCACUCUUUCUGAUUUAGCAAAAACGUUAGCUUUUUGAAUUGCGAAGAUAGGCUUUGCUUCCGACCUAGUGGAACCUUUGGUUUAAGUCACGUAAUUUUUAUUUAUUCUAUUUUGUGCUUAAAAUUCUAAAGAAAUUGAGCAUACAAACGAUCAGUGAUGCGGUAGUGACCGUAGUGAAUGCAAUAAAACCGUUUUGAUUGUGUAGACAGUCAAAAGCUUGUCAAAUCUAGCGAAAACUAUCUUGAGAAACUUUCGAUGUUUUAAAAGAAGUGCGAACGGCUGGUAAAUACCUUCAGGCUUCAAACGGGGUAAUGUACCAUCAUCAUAUACCGGGUGUAACUCUGAAGACCUGUUUUGUUAGACCAAGCGGGCACAGAGAAUAGCUAAAUCAAAAUCAUGAGCAAAGCCGGAUUUUAUCGGUGGGUGGUUUAUUUAAAGGCGACAACCCGGAGAAAGAAGAAGCCGUGCUGACUUUCGUAUGUCUGUUUCUUUAAUCUGAGGAAAUAAGUCAAAUUACUUUCUGACUUACCAGUCUCUAAAUCCAAACUUUUUAAAAUUCAACAUUAUCAACAUUUUAAAGUAAUAAUGUUCAUUAUCCCUAUGCUAAUGACUUGAGGUAUGCGUAUGAAUUUAAUAAAGAAGCAAGUUCAAUCUAUUUUGAUGAUGGUCAAUAAUAACGACAAUUCUGUCACCUGAGGGAUAUUUUUUCUUUUUUUUUUCAGAGUGAACUUUCGCCUGACGUUGUCAAAGGUAAAAACUGCUUUUACAUGUAACCCUUGCGUAUGAGAUCUGAGUAACGAUGUCAGUAAUAAAGCUAACCGCAAAGUUAAGAUGUUCCAAAGUUCGAUAUGUUGAACCAGUUGUGUCUCCUGGCCUCUUGAACUCGGGAGCAAUAUAUUGCUGGCAAGUCAAGAGUGUCAAUAUUAAGACUAUUACUGUAGCCUGCGUCGCAAGCGUUUCCGUGCGGUUUAGGAGCAAAGAACGAGGAAAGAUAGUCAAAGAGCGCGCGAAAAAUGGCCUAAGUAAAAGAGCGGGGAGGGGGUGGGGAAGAAAGGAAGGAAACUUCCUUUUUUCCCCUUCCCCUCCCCCCACUUUCAUUUUUUGGCUCUUGUCUCAUUUCUCGCGCGGCCAAAACCGAAAAUCCCGUUCCUCGGUCUUUCUUUUCUCCGAAAGCAAAAGGAAACGCUUGCUACGUAGGCUACUAUUACUGCGCCUUAUAAAUGUUGUAGCUUGAAAAAUCGUGCUUGCUACUGACACGUCUCGUUUCCGUACAUAUAAUUUUUGUUUUGCGGCAGACCGCAGAAAGACAUCGCCCCAUAAGAAAAUUUGGAAAGCCUUCUGGAAUCUGGAAUCUGGAAUCUGGGAAAAUUUUGCUUGUAGACUCCAGAAUCCGGGAAAAUUUUGCUUGUGGAAUUCGGAAUACAGCACAAGGAAUCCAGAAAUCCGCUUACGAUUCCAGAAUCCAGAAUCCAAGUUUUACUGACAAAGAGUGGAAUCCAGUUCCUAGAAUCCGGAAUCCAUGGCGUGGAAUCCAGGAUAAAGACUAUCUUGGACUCCCUUUGGGGUGAAAGACAACCGGAACACUGCUUCCUAGUUAUGCCAGUACUUCGUGACUGUGACACGAGGUAUUUUUUCGUUUGAUCUCAACGAAGAUGGCACACAUGCUUUGGACGAUGUUGGAAAUAAUCCUUGGAAAAUGUUAAACUUUUGUUGUUACCUUGUUAUAGAAUUACGCGAGGCAUUCUCUCUGUUUGAUCGGGACGGCGAUGGCACAAUCACCACAGAUGAGCUAGGGGUUGUGAUGGAAAAUUUGGGAAUAAAAACGAAUCAACAGGACUUACAUGAAAUGAUCCAGGAAGUGGACGAGGAUGGUAAGAGACUGAUAAAUCAAAUACUAGGGGCACCCAACGUCAAUUUUCGGAAAAUAUCUGUUCAGAAGACGAUUUGAGAUCUAGAAUUUUCGGAACAUUUUUUGUCAGGGUAAAAUUUCUUGCUUACCCGCCUCUCCUAGGAUUUUCGAACAUCUAAAAAAUGGUAUAAUUGCCCAUUUUUAACGGAUUUUUACCCUAAAAGGUCACUUAAAAUUUUCGGGAGCCUUUUUUCUGGCUGAGUUUUUCGAAAAGGUAAGUAUUGAGCCCUAUAAUUUUCGGAUCACUAGACUUUCAGAUAGGAAAUCCGAACAGAUGAAAAUUUUUAGGGGAUAAAAAUAUGCCUAUAUCUACCGUUUAAAUACUAAAAUACGUUUAACAAUGCUACUCUGGCUACUGUGUUUAAGUGGUUUUAAACGAUAUUCUCGUUGGGUGCCCCUGAAAUAUUCUUGCAAGAAUUCCAACUCAAUCUCCGAUUUUGAAAGACUUACCGUUAGCAACCGGAAGCGAAGAGCAAAAAGGUAGUUUAACAGCCUCGUUGGAUGCCUCUAGUUCAGAUUGUAGGAAGGCGGUUAAUAUUUUAAAUUUCCUUCCCAUUUGAUCAUAAGAUAAUAACAUCAAAUGUUUGACAAUUUACCUUUUGACUCGGACAUCGUUUACUUUGCGAAGGAAAAGCCUUGAGAACAAACAGGUGACAAAGAUGCAGUAAAAAAGGUGAAAUGUUGCGACUGCCCAAAGAACUAAACAGAUUCUCUGUCAAGUGAAAUAGGUGAAUUAGAUUACCGGUAGUGUAAACAUUAUACUGUCAGAUCCCGUGGGAAACGGUUAGUUUUGUUUUCCCAAGAGUCCUGAUGUUUCCCGAGACGAAGUCGAGGGAAACAUCAGGACUCGAGGGAAAACAAAACUAACUGGUUUCCCGAGGGACCUGACAUUAAGUGUUUUGUUAUAUUUCUAGACUUUCACUUCAACAGCAACAAAAGAAUAACCGGAGCGAACCAAAACAGUCGACUCGGUACUUAUACUGACUUAUAACAACACAAAUUUAAUUCUCAAAAGUCAAAACCACUGAAUGAAUAAUUUACAAACAAAAGUACUUUCCUCAUAUUAUCUGCAUCUUUUUCCUCCACUAGCUGCUGUUUUUCUUCUGGGAACUUAUGGGAUAACUUUAAAAAUCGUUGCUUUUUAGCUUGAGGCUUCGUUUUUGUGUUGUUGUGUUCAUUCACGAAAAAGAAAACUGGGUGGACCUGGCGGUGUUUUUCCCGCCUUCUGUCACACCACUUUCCACCAUGCUUUGAUCACGUGCUGCAAUGUAUCCCGAGCGGGAUACAUCGUUAAUGUAUCACGAUCGGGAUACCUUUGAUUUUAGUCAAGGCCACGUGACCAAGAAUCAACCAAUGGCAGUCCCCGUUUAGUUGAGUGAAAGUCUAGGAAUAUAACAAUACUAACUAUAAAUUUUUUCAUGUCUUUAAAGGCAGUGGCGCUGUUGAUUUUAACGAAUUUUGCAUGUUGAUGCAGAGGAAGAUAGCACAGGAAACCCAGCAGGAAGUCCUGGAGCUGUUCAAUAUUUGGGAUGAAUCCGGGGAAGGCGUCAUGGAGGCCGACGAACUGCGGUGUCUUUUGAACAGAAUCCCAGAAAGGCUAACGAGAAAAGAAAUCGACCUGCUUGUUAGUCAAGCAGACACUAAAAAGAACGGAAAAAUCAAUUUCGAAGGUUUGUAUGUUUGUUCGCAGUGCAAGAUUCUGGGGGGACUACCCACCCACCCCUUUCUUGAUCCUACAUUUUGCCCAAUUUGAGAAAAUAGUGUUAAAGUUGAAUCAAGGGAAGGCUAGGUGGGUGGUUUUGUUUUUUCAUUCAUUUGGCUUAUUCAGUUUUCGGCAACGUACCACACAAUGGCAUUCAUUGUAGCAGAUCUUUUCGAGAUCUUGAAUACCGAAAAGUGUAUAACUAUCUGACUAUGGAAAAAGCAUCAAGCCUAUAACUUAGUAUUUUGCUUCCAAAAAAUGGUGCCAAUUUUCUGCUGGGCAUGAACAUAUUAAUUAGUGAAUAGAAGAAUAAUUUAGAGAAAUGAGAUCGUACGCACAAGUUUAAACUAAGUUGAACUCCAAUUUUUUUUCUCCCUUCAGACUCUUUUCUUUAUUACUUUUUGCACACUAUCAUUAAUUGUUAUGUUUAUUUUGCUUUAUAUACAGUAAUAAUUCUUUAUAUGUUGUAUAGUUUGCCCUUUCUCUGUAAAUUUUGUACUUAUUAAUUUUAUUCUCAUUGUAAUGUUUGCAACCAUUCGACCAAUGUCGCAACAAUGGCUUUGGCAUCUUAUUAUCGUUAACUUGUGCUUUGUGUACUUAUUUAUCAAUAAAUAAAUAAAUAAAUAAUAAAUAGAGCCAAGGGUUUUUACCGUUACCUCACAAUGGCGCUAACAGAGAGGAGCUUAUUAGCAACAACGACAGGCGACGUCAUUAAGAACGGCGAAAAAAGCAAUAGGUUUAGAUUGGCAAAACAACAACUUUGCAGGUGCAUCACGCCUUUCUGUACAUUUCUUUGCCGUCACUGCACGACUCCGACGUGAGAAUGCCUAAUUUCAUGAUUUGUCCGCGAGGACGGGAAAACAAGACAACAGCGUUUCCUUUCUUCUCCUCAACUUCGAUACAGCCUUUAGAAUUCAACUCCAAAAACAUUCGCCAGCAUUUGACGAAUUAAACGAGAUGGAACAAGCGGGAUAAGUUUGAGGCAAAGCAAAUUACAUUUUCAUGUGACGUUUUAAUUCAUAGCUGUCGCCGUCGUUGUUUCUUAAGCUCCCUUUCAUCAUCUACACUAGGAAAGGGUUUAAUAAUUACAGCCAAGGAUUUUAAAAGUUUUUUAAAAAAGCCUGGUUACUGGUCCUGGGGCCCGUUUCUCGAAAGUCCCGGUAACUUAACGGGCCCGGAAUCAUAUUUUUGAAUCAAAGUCUCAAGAAAAGUAGGGUGUGUUCUGUCCUCUAAUGAAGUCCAUUUUGUUUCGUUAGCUAAUAACUCUACUGUAUAAUUUUCAAAACUUCUAAAACUCCCUUCUAAAAUGGAAAACAAAACAGCUUAACGGGCCCGGUAAUUACCGGGAGCUUCGAGAAACGGGCCCCUGGCCCGGCCUGCCGGGGAACUCAUGGCUUCCCGUUUACCAGGCCUACACUCUGCCAACUGAACCAAGCUGGCCAAUCAGAGACGGAAAAGUAUUUUGAAUGAAUAAAAAUUAAUCGACUUAUUGUUUUUUUUUGUAGAAUUCGUGAAAAUGCUAUCCCGAAAAUCAGAGCCAUGACCAUGAACUGGGAGAAGAUAAUGAACUUUAAUACCACGAGUAUCAGGCCAAAUAAAGUUUGAUUUAAACUGUGGUACAAUAGAAAUCAUUUUCUUUUUGACCGUUAAAAUUAAGUCCUGAGUCGCAUUAUACAUCUAUACGCGUUGUGGUUGAUUAUCAAAGCUCUCCACGAGCAUUGGACGAUUUCUUAACUCACUUAGAGCUAUUUACAGCGACAGGAGCCAGCAAAACGCGAAAAGGAAAGAACUGUAAAAAUAGAAAACGAGGAAGAAGGAUUUUUAGUUCCUGAUUCUUAUCAUUCUCUGUUUCAACCAUAGGCGGCGGAACAGGGGGGAAAGGGGGUCCGUAGUCCUCCCCCCUCACCUUUUGGUGCCGAAAACACAUUUACCGAUGUAUUUGACAAUACCAAAUAAAGACCGACUUCGGAGCUCACAUUUUCUGUCCUUAGACGACUCAAGUACUACCUAAGAAGCACCAUGAAGCAGGACUGCCUGAACAACUGCCUACUGAUGCAUUGUCACAAAUCGAUUACGGACAAACUAGAUACUGUGAAGUGUCGACAAUGACGUCUUAACUUGAACAUUGACCGGGGAAGGGGAGGGGAGACUCAGUACACGAGGAUAAAGGAGUCUAGAAGAUGCAGAUUGCGCACAUUUCCACGUGUCGUGACUAACGUUCCGCCAGUUUAGAAGCAACCAAUGCUGUUGCUCCAGAAAAAAUCUUGACUUUUUUUGUUUGGCUUUCCGAAAAAACUUCCAAUUAGGUCAUUUAGGUCUUUAACCAAAAAUAUGGACGUAGAAUAAUAACCUGUAAAUUGUCCGCUGCUUAAGUUCGUGAAUUAAAACCAGCUUUUAAAACAUUAAAUUUAGGGGCUGACCACAGACUUUUCAAAGUGGUGUAGACUGGGUUUAGGUGAUGCAGUCAUAGCUCAGUUUUUGCUGUGUAAAUGUAAGUCUACUAGCUCGAUAGAAGAGUUUUGCUUUCUGGGAUAUUUUUUCCUAAAUCACCUAAGCCUUCUUUUCUUAAGUGAAUUAUAGAUUUGUGGAUCUGGCUCUGCGCAAUGACUAUACAUUACAAAGAAUGUACGGCUUUAGGGAGCAUAUAAUUUCUUUUUCGAUUUCUCAAGUAAACAAGAUCUUUCGGUUUUGAAAUCAGAUUGUAAAUACCGCAACGUGUCCAAAAUAAACUCACAAUUGACGUCACCAAGACGUUUCUGGAGACUCGACUCUAUUAUCUUGCACUGGGAACGCGUAACAAGAACACGGGUUUCCGCUUUUCGCACGGGCAGGUCAUUGGAUCGUUGCAAAAAGGCCAACAUUUCAACAACAAAAUAAGCCAAUUUAAGCUUUUCUCACCAGAAUGCUACUUAGGUUGGAUAUUAACAUGGUUGCAGACAAUUUAUACUGCUUUUAACUGACAAACCAACCAUAAGAGAAAAACAGAAAGCGGAAACUUGUCUCCACAGUCCCCACUGUCAUGUAAAGGUACCGGAAAUGUGGAAAUACACAUUAAACCCUCAGCUCUCUCUCGCUGUGAUCUUUUCUGUUGAUAAAUUCCUUUUGUCCAUUGCGAUGUAGACUCUCGCUAUGAUCUCAGAUCAACUUAACAAAGCAUUCCUAUAGGGUGACUGAAUAAUUUACUGAGCCUUUAACCGACAAAAUAGAUAAACAAGUUACUGAAGAUCGUACAUUAUAGCAUGACAUCAUUGUUGAUUUAAGUAUCUUGGAUUCACCAGAUCAUUCAUGCUUGUCCCUGUCCGCAAAGCAUGCACGAGUAGCAUGAUCGUGCGAUAAAAGACUUAAAGACUGCAUACAAGUGGAGUCAGACAUUUGUGUUGUCAGCUGUGUUGCAGCAAUUGACAGACCCGUUGCAAGACAUCUGAGGGAGUAACAGACUAUAAAAAGCAUCUGGUACAGUGUGUUCUAACACAAGCAGCUUGUGUCAUGGUAAGUCUGACCAAUAGUAUAACAAAUUUGGUUUAGUCUUGAACUGAAUAACUCAACGUACCGUUAUCAUUGAGAUCUGAACGUGUAGUAAACAUCCUCAAUUUAAAUCAUGCGUCGGUAAAUGCUCCCAGUACGAAUCAGUGUCCGACUUCGGUCUACAGGAAAAUUAUCUCAAAUCAUGUAAGACUUUGUUAGUUUGCACGGAUCCGCUGUCAGUUUCGCUUUCGCUAACCUUGAUCAAGAACUACUGUAUGGUUCUCUUUCAUUUCACUGCCCUGAUUCUGUCCUUAGAUAGAGCUCCGACGACUACCUAAUGAGCAGGUACAUGCGGAUCGAUAAUGUGUUCAAAACGACUGCUAACGACAGCAUAUCCCGGCUCUACCUGAACGAACACAUUUCACCAAGACUUCAUUUUUGUCUUGUUAGGGAUAGGUAAUGAGGUUAUGUAGGCUUUUUACUUGCCAAGAUGAGGUUAAAGCUAAUACUGUUCAAUGCGCAGUUACCAAAUGAGAUUGUCGUUAAUUAUAAAUUAAGAACUACGUUCGUCAUUACUUUAACCCAAUGACCCUUUAAUUUUUUUUUCGGUGAGGGCAUUCUAGAAGAUGUAGGUACAGACAACGCGCGUAAAAUCACAAAUCGUUUCGGGUGAUAACACUUCUUCCUUUACUUUUUCAACUUGCUCUAACAAAGUAAAAAGCCCCACUAUCUGUUUUCUUUCACAGGAGUUGACGUUAACUGAAGGACAGAUUGCAGGUGAGAUGAUGACCCGAGCGGCACAUUCUGAUCCAUCCAUUGUAUCUAUCUAGUUAUGUUAUCAUUGUAAAAGAUUUAGUAAGAUCUGUAUUCGAAGUAUGUUUUCAAUGCCGAGAUCCUACGUCAUGAUCUUGUAGACGAAAAUACAGAACCACCAUUUAAAAGGAACUUAUUCGGCAUUACUAACUAUUACAUAGGCCUAUCUAUUACGUUGUAUAACUAGAAAUACGUUUAUCGCAACACCUCGCGAAGCUGUAUAAACAGGUUUCAACUUUUGAGUCUCUGAAUAUGUUCUCAUGGAGCGUGUGAUCAAUCAAUGAAACCUCUUUAGCAGUACUUUUACAUCUUACUAUUUGCGUUCAGUAUUUUUCAAAAAGAAAUUUGCUUGAAAUUUUUUUUUGGCUUCGCAGAGUCACUUACUGAAGCCAGUUAACUGAAGAGUUUAAAACUGAGUGCCCAGUGAACUUAUCAUAUCUCAAUUUUUUCCGUUAAGAGAUACUGAAAAAAAAAUAUGCUACUGUGGUGCUAUAACUGAAAAGAGCACUUAUCGUCAAUGAUUACUGCUGUAGUAUUUACUUCACAUUGCAGAAAACAAUUGAAAUAUCCCUGCUGGACCCUAAGAAAAAUGCUACUAAAAGCCCAGAGGGUCAAUAGCGUUCUGUUAAGCGGCCACAUGCGUUAUUAUUUCAUCCACAUAAACAACAGUUACAAAGUUAACGAAAUAAACAGAAUCACGUGAAGAAGCACCCGAUUAGUUUUUUCGACACCAAUAAUUGAUAUUUCAUCUCUGCUCGCCAGAAAUUUAAUGUAAAAUGUGAUGAUUCUUUAAGUGUUUAUGUUAAAUGACUAUCGAUGCGCAAGCCUUGCCGUUAACUGGGAAUGAUAACUAGGUCCACGUGAUUUGGGUUCAAAGUAUGGAUGUUGAACCGUUUUCCUUGUUUGUCUGUUGUUUGUGUUUUUUUUUCCCUCUUUUAAAAACAUGAUCUAUAAAUGUUGGCCGGGAAAAUUAAAGCGCUUGCCGCGUAGCAGCAAUUAACUUGAACAACUUUUUAAUAUCAGGUUAUUGCAAGUUUCUCCUUUAUGACGUGUCAGCCUUGUUCUUAUUUGACAGAUUUCAAGGAAGCCUUUGCGCUCCUUGAUAAAGACGGCGAUGGAACCAUUAACACAAAGGAGCUUGGAGUGCUGAUGAGAUCCCUGGGUGAAAACCCGACCGAGCAGGAACUGGAAGAGAUUAUCCGGGAAAUUGACAUGGACGGUAAUUUUUUACCCCUUUUGUUGUACUGUUUCAAAAACGAGCAGGAGUGUAUUAACAGGUUUAAAAACACGAGGCGAUGCGAGUUUUUUGGAUGGCUUCAAAAUCUCUGUAAUAGAUCAAAUCAUUCUUACAUUUAUAUUUAGGAUUGGGGUUCAUGGUCUAAAAAAUUUGACGUAAAGUUUAGCCGUGCCUUAAUCAGAUAUAAAGACAAUCCCCAAACAUUAAUUUCUUUUGCUUUUUCUAUAUAAAUUAUUAAUGGUUUUUGAAGCUUAGUUUAUUAGCUGUAUGUAACACUGUACUGACUGUACUGGUUUUUGUUAUUGUUGUUUUGCCUUUUUUUGGUGUUGUUGCUUUGUUUCAGUCGCACAGUUUUUUUACCACACCACUGUUCAUUGAAUGUUAAAUUUUAUUUAAAAUGACUGAGCCCGGGGGGGGGGCACUUAAGGAAUUUCGGGGUGGGGAUGUGCCGCUGGGAGCCUGGAACCCUUAACCUUUACCAGAGCUAGUUCAGCUGAAUUUUGCUACCCUAUACUAGAGUAAACUCCCCAAAUCCCCCUAUCCUAGAGUAGCUGUGUACCUAGUCUAGAUAAAAUCUUCAACCAAUUGAUCAGUUUCCUGAAAAAUGAUACCCUAUUCUAGACCCAAACGAUCCCAUUUAUAUACCCUAUCCUAGAGUAAACUGCUUGAAAACCAUAUCCUUCACAGCGGCACGUACCUAUAUAGCCCAUAUACCGCAGUACCCCCGGGUGAGUGAGAGAGAAAGUAAGUAAGAAAGUAAAUACCACCGUGUCUACAAUAGUUAGUAUAGCUUUGAAACCUCAGGUUUUUUAACAUGAAUCGACCCUCUAUCCACAUGAAACCACUGAAUCCGCUCCCGGGGAGGGGGUGGGGGGUACUUCCUUAUAAGAGGCUAAUGGGGAUGUGCUGCUGGAUGGGGUCGCAUUUUCACUACUGGAUUGACUACAACCGGGUUGCAUUUUCAAUGGAGUUACUAGAAUGGGGUCGCACACUCAGUUUGGAUCUUUGGGGUAAGAAAGUUCUUCACAUUUACGGUUAGCAAACGUACCAGAAUGUGCCUUAGGGGUAAAGUAAAGUGUUCUUCAUUCAAUAUAAGGUAGAUACAUAAAUAGAAAAUGACUAGGCUGGGAUCGCGAAAAUUACAUAUUUGCCCCAAAGUGACUAAAAUGGGGUCUAUAAUUGGCCACAGCCUAGAUUAUGAUGGGGUAGAGACUCUGAGAGGCCAGCGGCAAAUCACCCAGCAAAAAUUAACCCAAGUAAACCACCCCGGAAAUCCAUCAACCAAACCGCAAAAUUUUGAAACCACUUUCCAAAAUGCUUUAGCGCCCGAUCAACACGAAUCCGGGUAACAAAACGUGCGGUUUCAAAAAUCUCCGGAUUCUUGCGGACGGGGCUUAAAAUUCAGCGUAUUUAUUGAUGGAUUUAGCGAAUAUUACCGAUUUUGUUUAAAGGGAACGGUAUCAUCGACUUUAUGGAAUUUCUCCAUCUGAUGGACAAACGAAUGAAGGGAAUUGACACAGAGGUAGAGAUUCGAGACAUGUUUAAAGUCUUUGACGUGGACGGAAAUGGUUUCAUCAGCUCAGAGGAGUUUAAAUGGACCAUGAUGAACCUUGGUCAGCAGCUUACAGAAGAAGAAGUUGAAGAAAUUUUAAGAGCAGCGGAUUUGAACGGAGAUGGACAAAUCGAUCUUGAAGGUUCCCAAUGA